CGCACCUUGUCCGCAGACCACGUCGACCCUUCUCUUUCUUCUCUAGUCCACCACCCCUCCGCUCCAGCAAGUCAGCAUGCCAUCCGACAAGGUUCACGUCCUCGCGCACCCGAUUGUGAACGCGCGGCUCUCGAAACUGCGGCAGACGACUACGAACUCGAGGGAGUUCCGCGAGGGCAUUCAUGACAUCAGUCUGAUCCUCGGUAUCGAGGCGAGCCGGGAUCUAGAGGAGGCAACCUUCAAAGGGGACACCCCGGUUGGCCCGUUCACGGGUUCCGUGAUCAAGCCUAACAUUGGACUCACGCCCAUCCUGCGCGCUGGUAUGGGGAUGACCGAUGCUUUGCUCAAUCUCUUCCCGGCCGCGAGCGUGUACCAUCUCGGGAUCUACAGGGAGAAGGUGUCUUUGCAGCCGGUCGAGUACUACUCGAAGCUUCCCCCGAACCCGACUGUGGACCAGGUGUUCUUGCUCGACCCUCUCAUUGCUACCGGUGGCACGGCGUGCGCAGCCAUGCACAUGUUGAUCGAGUGGGGUAUCUCUGUGAAUAAGAUCAAGCUGCUGUGCGUCCUCUCAUCCCAGGAUGGCUUGAACAGGGUCCAGAAGGAGUUCCCGGGUGUCGAGAUCUGGGUCGCGGCUGUUGACCAGCACCUGACGCCUAACGGUUUGAUUUCUCCUGGACUGGGUGACACGGGUGAUCGUCUGUACAACACUGUCAAGGGAUCUGAGAAGAUUUGAAUAAUCUGAUACUGCUGUAUUUUGUACUGUAACUCGGAAGGAAACAUCUUCGCUACAC